CUCUCUCUGCAUAAUACUUUUAUAUAUCGUAGAAUUUUCAGCAAUACCUUGUUAUAUUAUAAAUUUUUAAUCACAAGUUAGCGUAAAAUAGACGAACUUGUGCUUAUAAUAAAGAGACAAAUAAUACGCAGAGUGAAAAGCAAACGUGUCUGUGUUUGAGGGGAUUGAAUCCUAGGGUUUCCCAAAAUGGUUGAUAACAUCAACAGUAUAUUAGGUUCAAUGAACUCAAGUGAAGAAGGAGGGAUUAAGGAGCAAGAUAGGUUAUUGCCAAUAGCUAAUGUGGGCAGACUUAUGAAGCAAAUUCUUCCUCAAAACGCCAAGAUUUCGAAAGAGGGAAAAGAAACAAUGCAAGAAUGUGUAUCUGAGUUCAUUAGCUUUGUAACUGGAGAAGCAUCGGAUAAGUGCCAAAAGGAGAAGCGCAAGACAUUGAAUGGAGAUGAUAUUUGUUGGGCUAUGGGAAGUUUAGGAUUUGAUGAUUAUGUUGUGCCUUUGAAGAGGUAUUUGCAUAGGUAUAGAGAAUUAGAAGGAGAAAAGGUUAAUCAAAAUAAGGCUACUGUUGGCCAGAACAUAGAAGAAAGGCAGAACUAUGAACAUCGAAAUUUCCAGGGAAGUUUUUAUGGUCCUUAAGAUUUAUCCAAUGACAAUAACUUUCUAGCUUGGUACUUGAUUAAGCUUGGAUCUUGAUUAAGCUUGGAUUUUCUCAACUCCUUAUUUUUAUUCUUAGAAAGUUUUUAUUCUAGUUGUGAAAAUAUUCUCUGUUAGUGAUUAUGGUAUCAUCUAAUUUUUAUGGCUGUGGAAUAUUGUUUUGAACAAGUAAUAACCUUCUGUCUGAUUCAUGGACGUUGGUUUCACACUUGGCUAGUUGGUCAUGUUUCUUGAUCG